GGCGGCGGCGGAGCAUCUCGGAGGCGGCCAGGGCCAUGCGGAGUUGCUAAGGAGGGCAGGACUUGACUGGAGAGGCGGGGGCUAUCGGAUGGACCUUUAAAUAGACCCGAGUUACCAUUCACCUCCCUCAAGAGAGGUCUCACCGAUGCAGCAGGGGUCUUUGGCGCUCUCUCCUUGGACAUUCCUGCCUUACUGUAUGGAGUCAGGGGUUUGAGAAGACACGAGAGGAAGAAACUCUACAUGACUCCAAGAUUAUGUUUAUACCCUAAGUACCAUUUACAGUUAUAACUGAAGCUGUAGAGGAGAAGACUCAGGAAAUCCACCAUGGCAGAAGAGGCAAAUAUUAACUUUAUGACUGAAUACUGCCACAUCCAGGAAGCAGAGAGGCCUGACUCAGUUAGAGGCUGCACCCUGUCAGAGGGACCUCAGGAAACAUUGCAGCUGAAGAAAGAGAUCUCGCUGUUGAAUGGAAUCAGCCUCGUGGUGGGCAACAUGAUUGGCUCGGGGAUUUUUGUUUCUCCGAAAGGCGUCCUCAUCAACAGCGCAUCCUAUGGCCUGUCGCUGGUGGUCUGGGCCAUUGGGGGGAUCUUUUCAAUGAUCGGAGCCCUCUGCUAUGCCGAACUUGGGACGACCAUCACUAAAUCAGGGGCCAGCUAUGCCUAUAUCUUGGAGGCGUUUGGAGGCUUCAUAGCUUUUAUCCGCUUGUGGACCUCGCUCUUGAUCAUUGAACCGACGAGCCAGGCCGUCAUCGCCAUAACCUUUGCUAAUUACAUUGUCCAGCCUGUAUUCCCUUCCUGCGAGCCCCCUUACGUAGCAUGCCGUUUCCUGGCGGCAACUUGUAUCUGUCUCCUAACAUUUGUAAACUGUGCCUAUGUUAAAUGGGGAACACGGGUGCAGGAUGUGUUCACCUAUGCCAAAGUCCUUGCCCUUAUUGCCAUCAUCGUAACGGGGAUUGUUAAACUGUGCCAGGGACAUACGGAUCACUUUCAGGACUCCUUUGAGGGAUCAUCCUGGGACAUGGGAGAUCUCUCUCUUGCCCUAUACUCUGCCCUCUUCUCUUACUCAGGUUGGGACACCCUUAAUUUUGUAACAGAAGAAAUCAAAAAUCCAGAAAGGAACCUGCCACUGGCUAUUGCAAUUUCUAUGCCCAUAGUGACAAUCAUCUAUAUUUUGACCAAUGUUGCUUACUAUGCAGUGCUGGAUAUCAGAGCUGUCUUUGGCAGUGAUGCCGUGGCUGUGACAUUUGCUGACAAGGCCUUUGGAGUAUUCAACUGGACGAUCCCAAUAGCGGUGGCUUUUUCGUGUUUUGGAGGACUCAAUGCGUCCAUCUUUGCAUCAUCGAGACUCUUCUUUGUAGGCUCCCGUGAAGGUCACCUCCCUGACCUGCUGUCCAUGAUCCAUAUAAAACGCUUCACUCCGGUGCCCGCACUCCUUUUCAAUUGUGGCAUGGCCCUGAUUUACCUGAUUGUGGAAGAUGUUUUCCUGCUCAUCAACUACUUCAGUUUCAGCUACUGGUUUUUUGUGGGUCUGUCGAUCGCUGGGCAGCUAUACCUUCGUUGGAAGGAGCCGGAUCGGCCCAGGCCUCUCAAGCUGAGCCUGUUUUUCCCGAUCACUUUCUGCUUAUGCUCUGUGUUCCUGGUGAUCGUUCCUCUCUACAGUGACACCAUUAACUCCCUGAUCGGCAUAGCCAUCGCUCUGUCUGGCGUUCCAGUCUACUUCUUGGGAGUCUAUUUGCCCGUUUCCAGAAGGCCUCCCUUUAUAAGAAAGCUUAUAGCUGCCAUCACUCGAGCCACUCAGCUGCUCUGUUACUGCGUAUUGACAGAAAUGGACCCGGGCGAAGAAAAGAAAGCCGACAGCAAAUCCAACUAGAAGCAAAAAAAAGUGUUCUCCCUCCCCCCACCCUCCCCACCAGCAGACAGGCGGGUCAGACACCAGUUCCUCAGUGGAACAGAUGAUGCAUAAUGGGGAAACAGGGCAGCAAAAGGACAGCCAAAGCAGUUUGUUGUUGAGUGCCUGGACACUCUGCAGUAUCUAUGGGACCUCUUUUCCCCUAAACUAGAGAUGGAGUGUUGUCAGUUUCACCUUUGGCUGACCUCUUUGAUGUCAGGAAUCCAGAACCUGAGGACUCUUCCCUGUCGUUUGGGUGAGGCUGGUUACGGGCCUC